CAAAACAAGUGGAGUUAAUUAAGAUAAUCAUGUGCUUUCUCAUAAGCUAAACAACUUUCACACUUUUCCCCUCUUUCCUCACACAACUCUCCAAGAACUAAUUUCUCUUUUCCACAAUCCAAAUACUUCGCAAUCUCGAUUGAAGAAUUUGUAUUCACCACAACGAGUUGCAUAUCCUUAUUCCUCUCUCUAUAUACUGUCACCAAUACUAAAUCGAUCGAUCGAGUCUGGAAUUGUUGUGAUGGCAGAAGCAGUGGUGUCGACUGCUCUAGAAACCUUGCGUGAUUUGUUGGUGGAAGAAGCAAGGUUUUUAUCCGGUGUGGGUGACGAAGUGAAGGAGCUCGAGAUCCAGCUCAAAGAGAUGAAGUGUCUUCUCAAAGAUGCCGACAGAAGACGACAUGAAAAUGAAACCAUUUUCAAUUGGAUCUCAGAGAUCAAAGAUCUUGUGUACAGAGCCGAAGCUGCCAUUGAAAGACACGCAGCUUAUCAAGUGACUUCAAGGAGAAAACGAGGCCUCAAACAGCUCCUCCGCAGAUGUAGUUGUAGUUUGGAAGAAUACAAGUCGAUCCACCAAUUAGGCUCGGAGAUUUCACCGAUCAAAUCCCGACUUGAAAGGAUAAACAAGGAAAUGUUAGAAAGUGGCAUAAAGAAGAGCAUCAUCAACAAUACAGAUGAAGGGGAAAGCUCGUCCGCCAACAACAGAGCAAGGAAGAGCUUCCCCGAAUUCGAGAUCGGAGAGUGUUUUGUGGGAAUGAAGGACGAGCUCAAGCAGCUUCUUCAUCUCCUAGUGGAAGACGAAAAGCAUCGAGUAAUUUCAGUGUGGGGAAUGGGGGGAUCAGGCAAGACCACCAUUGCCAAAAAGCUCUACAACGAGAACAACACCAGCUUUGAUCUUUGCGCAUGGGUUUGCAUUAGUCAGCAAUGUCAAAGUUUUCAAUCAGUUUGGAAUGAUGUUCUCAUGCAGCUACAACAUCAAAACACGAAGGAUAGGCCAAAAAUAAGGGAGGAUGUUACAAGUUUGAGCGAGUGGGAGUUGAACGAGCGACUAUGCAAGAUACAAAGAGAGAAGCGAUGCCUCAUUGUUUUUGACGAUCUUUGGAAAAUUUCUGAUUGGGAUGGCUUCAAGCAUUCCUUCCUUGUCCAAGAUUUGCAGAGCAAAAUCUUGAUCACCACGCGCGAACGGGAAGUCGCGGAGAUUGGAUGCCCUGUCAAACUUGGGCUUCUAAAAGAGGAAGAUGCUUUGGAACUACUCAAGAAGAAAGCAUUUGCCCACGCCAACAUUCCAGAGUUUGCAUUGGAAGAAAAUUUUGAGAAAAUAGGGAAAGAAAUGGUGCAGAAAUGUGGGUAUUUGCCGUUGGCAAUUUCUUUACUUGGCGGGGUCUUGAGAAUGAAAAAUUCGAUGAUGGAGUGGGAGUUAGUAAAUGAGGAUAUCAAAGACUUCAUAUAUAGAGAUGAAAGUGAGAUUGAUGGAGUGCUAAAUUUAAGCUAUGAAAGUCUACCCUAUUAUUUGAAGCCUUGCUUUCUCUAUAUGGGUAUAUUUCAAGAGGACGAAGAUAUAGAUGUUAAGGAUCUAUAUAUGAUGUGGAGAGCACAAGGCAUGAUUUCAUAUGAGAAUAUUGGAGACAAUGACAAAAAUUUGAGGGAAAUCGCGGAGCUCUACUUGGGUGAGUUGGCCUCCAGGUCCAUCGUCCAAGUCGAAAUUUACGAUGGUGUCACAAGUGGAAGAAAAUAUAGGAGCUGCAAACUUCAUGAUGUAGUAAGAGAACUAUGUUUGAAAUUGGGGAGAAGUGAGGAUUUUGGUGCGCAGAGUUUGGAGUAUCAAAGGGGAAAGUUUCCUCGCAUAGGAAAAUACGGCAUUUGGCUAUAUAUUUCAGGAAGGAAGUUCAAGUGGAACCUGACGAGCUUACACUCACUUGGGGAGAAGAUAGUAGUGAACAUUUAAGGUCUCUUCAAAUGUUCAGUCACAUAAAUUCGGGUGUUGUUGAGUUUCCCCCGCAAGGUAUCGUUGAUUUUCAUAAAUUCAAAUUGCUGAGAGAUCUAGGUAUGGUGGGAUUCAAAUUUGAAGGAAGAAAGUUAUCGAAAGGAAUCACUAGUCUUGUUCACCUUAGACGUUUGUGUUUAGAAAGAUGUGAAUUUGAUACGCUACCAUCGUCCAUAAGGAAUUUGGUAUACAUGGAUACCCUUGAUUUAACUUAUUCGAGGAAUGUUGGAGUUCCAAAUGUUUUUAAGGAAAUGGUACUUUUAAAGCACUUGUUUCUUCCCGAUUAUGAUGAGGAAAAUAUUGGAAGUUAUCGACUAACAUUGGACGAGGGAG